CCACAUUCACAUUUAGUGGCCCAAGGUGGUAAAGACAAAGGUAGACCCAAUCUGAGAGAAGCCGCCAAGACAAAAUUGCCAGAUGAAAGUGCAAACUUCUCUGAAGAUGGAAUGGAAUCUAACCAUGCUCCUGCUCCUUUACCUCUAAUUGAACGCAAUCGUGCUGCAUCUCGGUUAGAACCAGUUUCAAUCAACUGAUCUGCUUUUGAUUGUACAAAUUCUGUCUGUCUGUCUGUCUGUCUGUCUGUCUGUCUGUCUGCCUGUUUGUCUGUCUGUUUGUCUUGUCUGUCUGUUUGUUUGUCUGUUUGUCUGUCUGUUGUCUUUUUGUUUGUUUCUUUAGCUCUCUAAUGGUGAUUGGGUUUUUUGCAAUAGAUUUCAUCGUUUACCUGCAAUCUGUUGGCUUCACACAAUCAGCAAUGCCAUUAUGCUAAGAGCAGCAGGAACGAUAAGUAGAAGAGGCAAAGCUGGAACACAUUCAGAACACGAUGAAGCAUAUUUGCAUGCAGUGUGCAUGUUAAGCAGCUCAUCACUGCAAGACGGCAAACUCUGGAUUUUCACUGAUCGGCUUCAAACAAAUGCAUCCAAGCCAACAGCCAUUCACAAAUUGUCAAGAGAAGAGGCAAAGACUUUCUAUUAUCCUGAAUGUAAGUUUGUGUACUCGUUUUGGGAUCCUGACGUGGAAACGCACAAAGCAGUGAGGGCAAGCUUCAAGCAGCUGCAGUAUCUUAUGCACAGUAAAGUAGAGUCGAGUCGUUAUCUGUCAGCUCUAGAAGAGACCGGAUGGUUUGAACAGCUUCAUCAGCUGCUAGAGACUGCAGUCAAUGUCGCUCUCGUGAUGGAUGAGUACAACUCGUCUGUUCUCAUUGCCUAUGAAGAUGGCUGGGACAGAACACCUCAAGUAACCAGCUUGUCACAACUUCUUCUUGAUCCUUACUAUCGUACGAUUGAUGGCUUUCAGGUUUUGAUCCAGAAAGAGUGGCUGUCAUUUGGUCAUAAGUUUACGUCUCGACAUGCACCUUGGCUGACGAAAUCUAAGGAAGACGGUCCAGUCUUUCUACAGUGGCUUGACUGUGUUUGGCAGGUCCUGCAGCAGUUUACUCGUCAAUUUGAGUUCAAUGAAACCUUUCUACGUGUCAUAGCAGAGCAUGCGUAUUCCAGCAGAUUUGGUUCGUUCUUGAUGGAUUCGGACAGAGAACGAGCGACUGAAGACCUACACAAAGGCACUGUAUCGCUGUGGCAUUGGCUUUAUCUUGUCAACGAAACAUCAAACAAAUUUAGAAACAAGUUGUAUGAGCUAGGACAUGUACAAAGAGUUCUUUAUCCACAGACCAGUGUAGCAAACCUCAAACUGUGGGAAUCACAGUACUGUGGAUACAAGCAAGAGGAGAAUAUUUCAACAGCAAAGCAGCUGGCACAAGAGCAACAAGAGAAGUUAUUGCAAGACUAUAAGGAUUUGAAAAAGCAAUAUACUUUAUUGUGUGAAAGGACGUGUCUUACAGUGGAAGACAGCUUUGCACGCAUUCUCCCUGAUGCUGCUGGCAUGUUGACCAAAUCCAAUUUCGAGUCAAGCAUGAGUGUACUCAAGCGACGUUCUUGUGUUUAUGAGCAAGAAGCUUUUGAACAAUACGAUGCCGUGUACAGACGACUUGAGAGAGUAGAGGAGGAUGAUAGUGUGAAAGCAGCCCCACAAGCACUGGAUCAAUUAGAUGAUGAAUAUGGUGAUGAGGAUGAGGAUGAUGAUGAUGAUGAUGAUUCUGAGAAUGUGGCAAUGGUUUCAAGUGAGCAUCGACCUCGAUUGACUCUAAGUCUCAGUCCAGAGAGAUUGUCGCCAAAUCGAUCUCACAGCAUGGGAGGUGGAGAUAAACGAGUGAGGUCACCAGAAGCCUUUCUACCCGAAGUUGAUCUAGUCAAUCACGUCAAGAUGAAAGGGUUGACAUCGAUCGACGACAAUGAAGUCAGACUGAGUAAGAGUACCUGCUUUGGAUAUCUCACUAAAAUUGGAGGACGACGCAAAACGUGGAGGAAGCGGUGGUUUGUACUGGAUCUUAGUAAGCGUUUUCUUGCAUAUUUUGAGGACGAAAAGGCUGCCGAGCGCAAGCAGGCGCCGAGAGGUGUGAUCAAAUUGGCCGACGUGAUCGAAGUGUUUCGAUAUGCGAAGAAAGAGAACGGAUUCGGACUGCGAACUCCCAAACGUACCUACCUCAUCCAGUCCCCAUCCCUCGAGGCGAUGCAGACGUGGAUAGCCUGCCUGACGGUUGGUAAGGUAGCCUAAUGCUAUAGCGACCCGCAGGCGUUUGAUUUAUUGAAUAGAAUUUGCUAAUUGUAUGUAUGACCGGUGGGGGUUUCCCCCUCUAUUUUAAUAACCACGCCCAUUUGAACUCUGCACUCGCACACGCUUCCGGGUGUGACAUCAACGUAGGCCAAAAAAGAUACAGCAUGUCAGGAAAUCCGACAAUAUGCGAGCUUGUAAGGAUAGACACUGCAGGAAUAAGUAAGGAUUCAUGCGUAGUGUGACACCUGGGUAUACUUCCUUAUUAGGAAUUCCAGCAUUCCCAGGUUCCUCUCUCUACAACAAAUCAGUUGUCUAGAUAUCUACGUAUACAAUCGCAAGGACGUCACGCAUUUUUCAUCUAUCUUUCAUUGUCGUCACGCUCGCGUGCACGUUGUAUUGUUUCUCGUCGCUGCUUGUCACUGCUGCACGCGACACCAACAAACAACGGCACACACAUGACGUGCACACCGAGAGAGAUAGAGACACACACACGAUCACACAUACACCUAACCAGCAACGCAAACGCAUCACAAAUUACAUGAUUGGACGGUCAGCAUGCAAUUGAGCGUGGUUUCUAGGUUAGUGA